AUAGAAGUCACGCGACGUUAAACGGCCUCAAUUGACCUUCAGAAAGCGAGUAGAUUUGAUUUACUCACAUGAUCUGAAACAUCACUGAUUGGAACUCGGAAAUUGACUUAAUUCAGUCGAAUUUUUUAACUAAGAAAAAAUAAAAUGCCAUCAUCUAAGACAUUUCCUGAUUGGCUGGAAUCGGUACAUAAUAAACGCACUUCUUUCGCAGAAUCUGCUAGGACUGUCAAAUUCUGUAAAUCAAGAAUAAGGCAUCUUUCUGGACCAGACAAUUUUCCUGAAAAAAGUAAUGAAGUCGGACGUGGCGGUGUACUUUAUUGGAUGUCUCGUGACCAGAGAGUUCAAGAUAACUGGGCGUUUUUAUAUGCACAACGCUUAGCAUUAAAAUUUGAGGUUCCACUCCAAGUUUGUUUUUGUUUGGUUCCUGCCUACCAAGCUGAUACUUUGAGACAUUUUAAGUUCAUGAUCGGUGGAUUAGCUGAAGUGGAACAAGAAUGUCUUUCAUUAAAUAUUCCAUUCCAUUUGUUAAAUGCUGCUGAACACGGUGUUAAUAUUGAAGAUGUAUCAUCUGGAUGUAAAUUUAGAUGGUCAGAUGAAAAUGCAUUGUCGAAUCAAACUGAACGAAUACAAACAGAGUUUCUUUAUGAUGAAAAUGUUGCAACAGCAGUUGUUAAUCUAGUUAAAUCACUGAAUAUUGGUUGUUUAAUCACAGACUUUUGUCCUCUAAGAGCUCCUCGUUCUUGGGUAAAGAAAGUUGUACAAGAAAUGCCUACUUUUAUUCCUUUUUGUGAAAUUGAUGCGCACAACAUUGUUCCAGUCUGGUGUGGCUCAGAUAAACGUGAAUAUUCUGCACGCACAAUCAGAACAAAGCUGUUUGCACAAUCUUCAGUUUAUCUCACAGAGUUCCCACCCAUUAUUAAGCAUCCAUAUACAUCUGAGAAUACGCCUAAUCCACCGCCUAUUAUUGACUGGGAGACAGUUUUAUCAAAGUAUGUUGGUGACAAAAGUGUUAAACCAGUUGACUGGGCAAUCCCUGGUACUCAGGCUGGUUUUAAUGUUCUCUACAAGUUUAUUGAGAAACGUUUGGAAAAAUUCGAUCCGCACAGAAGUAAUGUAGCUAAUCCUGCUUUGAGUGGAUUAUCACCUUGGUUGCAUUUCGGUCAAAUAUCUCCUCAGCGAGCUGUUCUUGAAGUUGUUGCUGUUCAGAAGCAAUAUGGUCGUUCGGCUGAUAUUUUUAUUGAAGAAUGCUUUAAUAGGAGAGAACUAGCUGACAAUUUUUGUUUCUAUACUCCUAUGUAUGACUCGAUCCAAGGUGCAUAUGAAUGGGCACGUGAAACACUAAUGAAACAUGCAACAGAUAAAAGAGAUCCAGCAUACACUAAACUUCAAAUGGAAAAUGCUCAAACAGCUGAUGACCUUUGGAAUGCUGCACAACGUCAACUUGUACGCAAAGGUAAAAUGCAUUGGUUUUUACGUCAAUACUGGGCAAAGAAAAUACUUGAAUGGUGUGCUGAAGGUCCAGAAGCAGCUAUACAGAUAGCAGUUUACUUGAAUGAUCGGUACAGUUUAGAUGGAACAGAUCCCAAUGGAUAUGUUGGCUGUCUGAAGUUGAAGAAAAACCUCGAAAUGAAAUGUGCACAAUUUAUACUGCGAAGUUUGUUCUUCUUGCUUUGAUGAAGAUGAUCAAGCGAACAAGUUUUUGAGUAUUCAUAAACUUUAUCAUUCAUCACCUUCGAACAUUAUCCUCUAGCAUUUAUUACUGCAUGAGACUUCUGUUCUUUUCUUCAAUAAACAUUCUUCUGAGAAUUUACUGCCACUCAUCACCAGGUGAAUUUUCAUAUUCUGUGGCAAAACUGUAACAUUCUUUUACCCCGCCUAUCUUGCUGCUAAAACACAAAUUGUUGACCACACAUCUGAUCAGUAUUAUAUCAGACGUUUUCUCUGCAUUGAAGAAGUUUUUGGCUUAAUUGUCAAUCUGUUCUUACAUCAACCUGACCAAUAAAUAUUACCUUGUGUUUGUACCCCAUAUCUGACAGCUUUCAACAUUUCUAACAAAAGUUCUCUCUUUUAUUUCUUAGAGAACAAAAUAUUUCCUACAUUUAAUCAUGCAAG